GCUCGCGCAAAAUCCACGAGGGAGGGAAACCUCGUCGCUUCCGCGUGUUUAAAGAGGGAAACAAAGUAUCAUAUGUCUCAAUUGUAGUGUAGUUAUUUGUAAUAAAGUUCCUGUUGCAAAAAAAAAGUAUAUUAAAUAAUGUACAUAGUUCGGUUAAUUUCGGCUAACGUAUGCAUUUAACUUGUAGCUUUUACCCGCACGCGCAUGUGUUUGUUUAAUUGCUGCAGGUGGUUAGCCGCUUAGCCGACGGUUGCUAAGUUGGAAAGUUUCCCGUUAACUGAAAGUCAACGUUUCGACAAGUUGCCGCAUUUAGAGCGGAAUUUAAUUCAACUUUCUUUGAUAAAAGGAGAAAGGAGAGGUUUGCUGUGUUGUUGGAAAUGUCUCUGCUUCCGUUUGGGCACACGAGUCAUGUAGACUCAAACAUACCAGACAGCGACUCAGAGGACGAGCCCAAGCUUCCUCUGAACCAGUUCUACCCAUAUAUCCGCUGUGCUUUGUGCUGUGGCUUCCUCAUCGACGCCACCACCAUCACAGAGUGCCUCCACACAUUCUGCAAAAGCUGCAUUGUGAAGCACUUUUUCUACAGCAACAGGUGUCCAACAUGCAGCAUUGUAGUCCAUCAGACACAACCACUUUACAACAUCAGACCUGACAGACAACUACAAGAUAUUGUUUUCAAGAUGGUUCCCUCCCUGGAGGAGAUGGAAAGGGAACGAAUGGUUAAAUUCUACAAAUCCAGAGGGCUUGAAGUGCCAAAACCAGCGGUGGUCUCUCCUCCAGGUCCUGUUGUUUUAAAACGGCAGAGGAAAGAACACAUUUCCCAGCCUGUGUUCACAAUCCCGCCUGAGCUCGACGUGUCUCUGCUGCUGGAGUUUGUAGGGGCUGAAGAGGGAGUCAGUAACUACAAGCCAUUAGAGAGGCGGUACGUUCGUGUGUCGGGCGAGGCCACUAUUCGCCAUGUGGAGCUGUUUAUCAGGAAGAAGAUGGAGCUCAGCCCAACCUGCCAGGUGGAUGUGGUGUGUGGAGAUCACCUCCUAGAUCACUACCAGUCCCUCAAAGACAUACAGAGGUCUCUGGGCCAGGAGGCUAUACAGGAUGGUUUGUUGGUGCUACACUUUGGCCUGGUCCUUCCCUCUGAUCCUUGAACAUGACUGAUAUUUGCAAUUCUCUGGCAGCAUUGAACUACCUCAGGCUUGCUUCUCUAGAUGUGGAUUAAGGUUUCCCCAUAUGCAUUAAUGGGCAAGGAAAGUGCAGCUUUGACUUUAUUGAACAGUCUUAUAUGAAAAUAUGUAAACCUGAUCUUCUCUUCUUUUAAGCUUCAAAUGAAAUGUCUUUAGGAGAUGCUAAUUUCAUUCAGAACUACUGGACACGGUGACAUGCGUUUGAUUUUCUCAAGUGCCAAUGUGUAGUAAUGACUCAUUAAUGGUAAAUUCCACUCCAUACUGCCAUGGUUUCUUUAUUUAUAGUGAAGUGUGUUUCUAGUCCACACAUGAGUGGGACUGCUGCUGUGUCUUAAACUGGACUCUGUCAGAAACCAGAUACGUUUAUUUCAGAGUUUUCUAUUUAUAAUUCUUGAGUUUAAGUGUGAUUUCUGGUAGAAAACUGUGAUUCAAAGGGCUUGAAACAUGAGGGCUUCCACUACCAAAGCUUUUUAUGUGUUUUUAUAUGGACUGUAUGUGAUUUAAACAUUUAAUUUAACAGCUAUGAACUUUUGAUAUGGAUUAAUGUCAUUGAUUUGAUAAAACCUGCCUUCAGUGAGAAUUUCAAGAGCACAGACAUCUAAGGAGAGUUUGUGUCUAAGUCUUUGUGAGUUUUUCAAAACAAUUUUUUAAAACAUGCAUACUAAUUUUUUUUUUUGUUGGAAUAAAUAAAUGAAAGCACAACA